AUGUUCUGGGAGAUGCUUGCAGAGCCCGAUCGUCCCCUUGGAGCAUUUAUCGGUACUCUGGUUAACAGCGAACCGACGCCGAUCAAGUUCAACCACCAGAUCUUUGUUGGUGACACGAUCGAUGGUGGCGCAAGCGCAUGGCUGCAGUACCCUAACCCCGACAGCUUUGAGUGUAAAAGCUUCAAGUUCGAGACCAAGGACGAUUCACUAGGAGGUGCGGUGCCGCAGGACUGGUCAUCUGUGGACAAGCUUGCUGGGCAUGAGAAAGAGACGGGCGACAAGCUCUCCGUCCGCUGCAAGUGCAAUGGUGUCGAUCUCAUCCUACAGCGGGAGGAUUACUCCGGGCUUAAGAAAGAAGAACUCCCCUGGAACGUCGACCCAGAAACACUUAAGCUGUUGACGAUCCUCUGUGGGUGCGACUCGUGUCGUCUCCAAGGCGGUACAGAUGUGUGGUUCUGGACAUACGUCGAGAUGAAACAUCUCCUGGCCGCCCGACACGAUGUGCCUUUCCCAAAGUCUUCCUACGAGCUGAAGUCCUUCAUCGACAAGAAAGACCCCCUUAUUGGCAGUCUGGCCUACUACGCUUCUUCGACUCGUGUCUUGCGCUUCUUCUGUAGCACCUGCUCAGCCACCGUGUUCUUUGCCAAGGACGAGCGUCCUGAGUUCCUCGACGUCGCUGUAGGGUUGUUGGAUGCUCCAGACGGUGCCCGAGCGGAAGGCUUUCUGUCCUGGUCUCUUGGUCUGGUCGAAUACAAGGAAGACGCGAAGGGCGGAUGGCGAGAGGGAUUGUUUGACCGAGUCGAAAAAGAGACCGAGAAAUGGAGGGUUGCGAGAGGCAAACCAAGGAUUUGGAGACGGAUCGCCAUGGACCAGAAGCGCGCCGAGAAGCAGUAG